AUGAGAACUAAAUUAUACAACGCAGCAUAUUUCUUAUUAAAUAACAAUGAAUCUUUUGGCCACUCUUUUGGUAUUAGAUUGAAAAUUGUAGGUUUGAAUACUUGGAUUGUUGGUUAUGCUGUCUCUCGUUACUACUUCAGUAGCUUAAGAGUAAAGGCUGCUUAAGAUGAAAGAUUUGAGUGA